ACCGCGACCUAAACCUGACCAUGGACCGGAAUCCUGCCGCUGCAUCAUUCCUUAAAUCUACGUUCGCUACCGCUGGUGUUGAAGGGCUUCUCAAUGGGACAUUCCUGGUGCUGGGCACCAUUGCUGUGUAUCUUUUGGCGACUCGCUCUCCUAGUUUGAGAGCGUCCUGCAAUCUAUCUACGCUUGGGCGCUUAUUUCGAACACCUCUCAUCGCUGGGAGUGUAUUGCUUAUUAUCUUGAUAACCGCGCAUUUUGUCUGCACGAUGUAUAGGACGCUACAUGGAGUCACGUUGAUCCUGAGCGGGCGGUCUCCAGUAGCGUUCUACGACGACCUGUCUCAUCCGGUGUUUGUCUUGAUGUGUCUGCUUCUCACCAUGUCUAUCUCUUUAACCGACUGCCUCCUGGUUUGGCGCUUAUGGAUUGUCUCGAACCGCUGCAUUGUCACGAUUGCCCUCCCAACGUGCACUGCCCUGGCCUUCUUCGUCUGUGGCAUUCGGGUGACUGUAUUCUUUGCAACGACAUCCCCUCGCGUGAUGGAUAUCUCGGCUUCAACCAUCCAUGCACCUGAAAUCAGUAAAUGGGUCGAAGCGAAUAUUCUCAUUACGUUCAUAACGAACCUUUAUUGCUCGUCCUUCAUCUCGUUCUUUAUUUAUCGAAUUAUCUCCCGGACUGGCAUGAACGAAAAGAAGUAUCGGUCAGUGCUUAGCAUCAUCAUCGAAAGCGCUGCUUUGUGGAGUGCAUACACCAUCUUCUGUUUCACGAUCUACUACAUGCGGUCCCCCCUUACGCUGCUUUCUCUUGAUUUGAGCCCUGCCAUGGCGGGUAUCUCAUUCAUGUUGAUCAACGUACGCAUUGGGCUGGGAUGGGACACCACACCGACUGUCGUUCAAUCGACCGACUUUAGUGCCGGUGCCUUGCCGAGGUUUAAAUCGAGUUGGAAAGGAACGUCGGGGAUGACCACCUCCGUUGGGAGUGCUUGCUGCACGUGUGUGCUACGGUACAACGCAGACGCAGCGAAGAAGGUCGGGUUGCAGAGUGGAAGUAGAAUCGAGGAGGCAGAAAGUCCGACGAGUACGAUGGUUGGAACUGGUAGUCCGCCGUCUUGUCCAAGGACGACGUUGCGUGUUGAUACGGAUAGGCAACAAUGA